CUCGCGCAAUGUAGUCCCUCGGCUAUCCUCGACGCGGGAGCAUCGCCGUUUCGAAAGAGCCGCGACCUUCUCCCCGUCGCGUCGCGCGCGUCGCGUUCCUGGUGGUGUCAGGGGGCGAAGUACGCGCGAGAGGGGCCCGUUCGCAUUUCCGAGGACCUCUUCCGCGGACCCCGUACGCACAGCGCAGAGGAGCGCUCGCGGGAUGAAAGCGACGAUAAUGAAAACUCAACCCCGCAGGCUCCGUCCCUGUGCGGUUUCCCGGAAUUGACAGGAGUCAUACGUGCGUGUGCUCACCUUGCCUCCGGUUCUCGGUCCUCGUCCGUUCCCGCAGAAACGUUUCCUCCGGAAUAGCGCGAUGCGAAAUAGUGCGUAACGAGAUACGUAAACGAUCCGUGAAUUGUCAUCGUAUGGUCCCCUGACGAAGUGAUGAGUGAUAGUACAGUGAAGCAGCAGUGUCUGCAAACAGUAUCGAACGGAUGAUCCUGCCGGAAGAUUUCGAGCGUCCAACGAACGAUUUGCUCAAUAUUCAAUCGAGGUUGCCGUGAGAUCAGAGUGGAGAACGCCAAGUACGUCGGAGUGUCGUUUGGAGACAUUGUAACAUUUUGAAAAUUUUAAACGACCGCGCGAACAUCUCGCUGUCGUGGGGAGUGGCCAAGUACUUCUUCAGCAAUAAUCUUUCACUGCCCGCGCGAAAAAAAAGCACACGUAACAAAUUCACCGAGAAGAAAGAUAAGGAAAGCAUUGCCAAUGCUUAAAAUAAGAAAAUCAUCUGUCGCGGAUACGUGUACGAAUUUCCUCGCAAAUUCCGUCCUGCAGUGCUUUGCUUCGUCGAAUGCAAAUCCUGCGUGAAGUGCAGCUUCCAGCUUCCCUGAACGUUUAAAGACGUCAUCAACGGUCUCUCGUGGGUUUGCGUUUAACUGCCGGCGGCAUUACACCUGCGGAAGAGCUUUACAGGUGAAACUGACCGACAGCAGAGAGGGAGGCGCGGUAGAAAAACAAAAUUUACAUUUGCCUCGGCAGGGAAUCGCGCAGCGGCGGUUGAUAGGGAAAUGUUAAAAUUAAAAGCUGCUCGUAAAAAGCGUCGUCUCGCGGGUGUCGCAACGCUACCGUUGUGCGAGCGAAACUUGUUUAUUUCGGCCACAACGCCGACGCACAAUUGAAAGGUCGGAAAAAAAAAAUCUACGUCCUCUCUCCCGUCAGCGCGCAAUCGAACGGCAACAUUUUGCGCGGCGAACAAAGUUCGCGAACGUGAAUGCAAGCGUUUUGUAUAGACCAAUCGUCGAACGACGUAUAAGGGGACUAUAAACGGACAAAAGGAGGAGGAAGAGCGUAGUUUUCUCCUGGUUUGCGGCUGUUAUCGAAGCACGUUCGGAGUCCUUCCACCCCGAGGAAGAGAAAUUGCGAGCCCGGAAAAAUGCGGUGAAGCCGCGCACGCGGGGCAAAUAACCGCGGCGGUAUGAUCGAUGGAACGUCCAGUGCAUCGUGUGGAUUGCAUUAAUAACGACGACCAGCCUAAUGCAUCGCCGGCGAGCUUAUGGUCGUCGUAGCGAGAGGUACGAAGACGCCGCGUAGUAUCGGAUGAAUACUCGGUCCUUGCAUCGAUCAAUAUGGAUCACAGGGGAAUAAUCUCUGUCGGAAGAGUGAGUGAUAACGACGAUGCGAAAUUUGCCUGAGUAGAAACGGCCAACGCGCGACAGCAGAUAACGAAGGCUAAAGUUCCCCCUGUUAUCGCGAUUUACGUUAACGCGUCGCGAUGUGAAAAACAAGCCUGUUAUUCAAAUCGCCGGUGAUUCGACGACAAUUUUCGACCGAUGGACGUGAAUAAUAAACGUCACAUUAAUUAUUGAAGCUCUCGGUUUUUCGGGAAUAGAGGUGGGUGGCUGUUGUUCACACGCAGAUACGCGGCUCGACGAAACCGCGAUACAUUACGCAAUUAGCGACGUCGCACGGUAAUUGGGAGAAUGUGGUAUCGUCGUAGAGCUGUUUCGUGAUAGUGAGCGGAAUUAUUAAGCAGUGCCCGCCGCGUCGUUCCGCUUGGCGCGAUUUUAUCGACGAGGGAAAACUAAUUGAGACGCCACGUUCUAAUUUGUGCGACGUUGAGCGAGAGAUUACGACGUCCCCGUUCGCGCGCGAGUGCUUGUGCAUGGAUGUACGGUGGGUACGAAGUUUCGUCUCCGCUCCCGAACGCGCGGAAAGUACGUGAAAUGCCGCGGUCGUCGAUGCGCGGAGUGUGUUAGUGGAGAUCCCACCUCUAUCGCCGUUUAGCGUCUCCCGUAAACGACUGCGAUGCGUCUGAGAUAGUAUAUCAAUAUGUGAAUGAGCUACGCUGGGGAAAAGCGAUGUCUACUUCUCUUCCCACACUUGUCUGUUUUAUAAUUUGUUUUGGUGGUAUAGCGUCAUGCCUACGAAACUUUCGGACCGACUUCCUGGAGGAAUGGCCGACGCCGGGCACCGGGCCUCACUUCGACAUCUCAAUGCAAUCGAACUUCACCGGGUUGGUAGGGAAGACGGUGCAUCUCGUGUGCAAGGUGAAGAACUUGGGGAAUCGAACGGUUUCCUGGGUGAGGCACCGAGAUAUACAUUUGUUAACGGUUGGUCGUUACACUUACACCAGCGAUCAACGUUUCGAGGCACUACACUCUCCUCAUACGGAGGACUGGACCUUGAGGAUACGAUAUCCUCAGCGUAAGGAUUCCGGAAUCUACGAGUGCCAAAUCUCUACGACCCCGCCCAUCGGCCACCCCGUGUAUCUAACGAUAGUCGAGCCGGUAACCAUUAUAAUCGGAGCGCCAGACCUCUUCGUCAAUAAGGGCAGCACUAUCAAUCUGACAUGCGUCGUGAAAUAUGCCCCAGAGCCACCCCCGGCGAUGACCUGGAGUCAUAACUCGGAGGUUAUCAAUUUCGAUUCGCCGCGUGGCGGUAUCAGUCUCGUGACAGAAAAAGGGCCCGAGACAACGAGUCGUUUAAUGAUCCAAAAAGCCGUGCCGAGCGACUCUGGGAUCUAUCGUUGCGAGCCGAGCAACGCGAAUCCUAGCAGCAUAAAGGUGCACGUAGUUAACGAGGAACAUCCAGCUGCAAUGCACCAUGGGGACGGAAGCUCCUCGUACAGCAAGACACGGCCGAUUUGUUUUAUAAUUUUAGUAAUAGCUAAUAUAAUGUUUAUAUAAGGCGAGAAGUACGAUAAAACACACACUUACCCCGACACACACGAUGAAAACGAGAAGCGCGAUCGCCGAGAAUCGCGCGUUGCCUAUUUAACGUCGUUAACGGUUUCUUGGAUAAAUAUUUGUGCAGGGUAAAACCGAACAUUACCAUUUACAUUUAAAAGAAAAGAAAAAAAAAACGAACUUCCGUGACCAAAAGAAUUUUCAAAUAUCAGCACGGCACAAUAAUCGGUAAGAGCGUAGUAUUUUGUUAACAUAUAUCAUCAAGAACAAAUAACUUACGACGUCAAAAUUUAUUGUAUUAUUUGUAAAUAAAUUUAUUGUAUGUACAUAUCAAUAAAACGAUUGUCUUUAUCUG